AUCAUCAUCAUCAUCAUCAUCAUGGCGCUCUGUCGUCUACAGUCAGCAGCAGCAUUUCCCCACCCGGAUCUUGUUGCGCCUUCAGAGCCUGGCGUAGCUUCUCCCAGAACAGGUCAGUGCACUGGGCGGCCCGGGGCCAGCUCAGGAAGGACCGCUUCUUCAGCAGCUUCCUCAUGCGGUAGUAAGGAGACAGCUCAUAGACGGGGAUGUCCUCCAGGAAGACCAGGAUUAGGACGUCCUUAUGCUCGUCGAACAGGCGGAAGCUUGGGUUGCAAGGCUAUGCUGGAGCCUAUCCCAAUUGACUUCAGACGAGAGGUGGGGUACACCCUGGACUGGUCUCUAGACAAAGGCAGUGUACAUAUAGACAAAUAACCAUUCACACUCACAUUAAUUCCUAUAAACAAUUUACAGUCUCCAAUGAACCCAACAUGCAUGUUUUUGGAAUGGGAGAACACAUGUACACACGGGAAGAACAUGCCAAAUCCAUAGAAAAAUUUGAAAGAAACAGUGCCUCUCCCCUCCAAAGUGGAGCAAACUACAGAGUUUUACCUAGCCACCUGAAUCUCCCUGGAGCACCACUCGCUCUCCAGGUAUCUCCGACUGAUCACACAGAUGGUCUUCCUGCUGGCAUAGAUGGCCUCUGUGAUGUUGUCAAUGAUGGGCUUCCCUGUUGGUGGUGAAACUUAGCGUCAGCGUGACAUCAGCUGGAGUGGAGGCGGUACUACAACAGCGUGUCCUCACCUGGCUGGAAGUCUCUGUGGUGCAGACACAGCUUCCAGCCCUGUUCCCCCUCCAGUUUGGGCAGCAGCUCUCUGAAGACCCAGGCCUCAUCGUGGGCGUUGUAGGACACAAAAGCGUCGUAGAGACACUGAGGCUGCGCGUUCCUGUGCUUCCUCUCGUACAGCAAAGCCAGGAAGAGGUGAUAGGCGUAAGCCAGCUGCCAUCGCAGGAAAUGGUAGGUGGAGGUGGUCAGCAUGAACAAGAGGAUGGCACAUGUGGUGGAGAUGAAGUAAAGGAACUCAAUGUCCACGGAGCAGGAUCGGAUGUCAAGGUCCAGGAGCUUGGAGCCUUUGAGGUUCGGGGGGUAGUUGCAUACAAAGUUAUCGGCGUCAUAAACUUGCGUUUUGGUGUCGUUUACCCACUGGAUGAACCAAGCGUUGUCGCAGUCGCAGGUGAAACUGUUGCCUUGAAGAUCCAGAUAAGCCAGAGCAGGAAGGUCUUCCAGCUGUUCCUUAGUGAUGACUGAAUAUUGGUUCUUUCGUGCUUGCAGGAACUCCAGCUUGGUAAGAUUGGCCUCCUUUAAAAAAUCUAGCGACUGAAAACUUGUUCUGGAAAUGUAGAGGCUUUGAAGGUUCUGGAUGGGGGCAAACAAAUGUGGCGAGACAUCCCCGAGGUCGUUUGAGCUGAUGUCCAGCUUCUGCAGAAGAGGAGUGUACUUGAACAUAUCUUGAUGCAAGGUCCAGAGCUGGACGUUCCUGGUAUCAAAGACUAAGAGGUUGGUCAAACCUUGCAGGAAGUUGCGAGGCAAGUAGUGCUUGGCCUUGCUGUGUUGGCCCGACAUGAUGAGACUCUCCAGGAGAGAAAGGCGAGCGAAUGGCGGCUUUGGCAAAGCUGCACUCGAAUUGUAUUUGAUGUGAUUAUCCAAUAUAUUCAACCGUCUUAAAUUAAUCAGAUCAUUGAACACAUCCUGGGUUAUUUCGCUCUCUCGGAUGUUAUUGGAUUGCAGCAGGAUAUCUGUGAGCAUCGUCAGUCCCCUGAAGCAGCCUUUUUUUAACUUGCUGAUAAGAGUCCCGUGCAGGGUCAGGUACUGAAGAGACCGCAAGCCUUCGAACUCUCCGUCUUCAAUGGUGGUGAGUUGAUUCCUGUCCAGUCGCAGUUGUCUGAGAUUUGGCAAGUAUCUUUUAAAAGCAUCAUUCAGUCUCGUGAUUUGGUUCGUCUGCAACUUCAGGACCUGAAGGUUCCUUAGAUCCUGGAAGACGCACUGCUUUACUGUCCUGAUGAAGUUCUGGUAUAGACUGAGAACCCUGAGGUGACCCAACUCGGCAAAGUCGUGACAACCAAGAGAGGUGAUGUUGUUGGAGCUCAGGUCCAGUUCCAGAAGCCUGGUCAGAUUCCUGAUGGCAGGCGGGACCAGUGUGAGUUUAUUGCGGCUGAAACUUAAGCUCUUCAGACCUUGAAGGGCUCUGAAGGAGUCGUGGGAGAUGCUUUGAAUGCGAUUUUCGGCCAGAUCCAACUCUGUGACAUUGGAGCACGGCUGAAACAGACCUGAAUCCACCAGCUUGAGCUUGUUGCGUCUGACUUGGAGCUGCGUCAGCGUUAGGAUGGUACAGGCGAUGCCAAGCAGCUCCUUAAGGUUGUGUUUCAUCGCGUUCAUCCUCACAGAAGUCAAUGAAAAGUUGAAGCUCUCGAAAAACGCUCUUUGGUCUUCCAAGUGAAUGCCGCCAAUAUCGAGUGUGGACACUCGGCUGAGCAGCGUCUUCUCAUGAAGGUCCCAUUUCAUCUUGUGCUUCCUUGGGGGGCCACCAAUGUUUAACCAGGUUAGGUUUUGGAAAACAUCUGCGGUGACGUUGAAGACAUCAAUGGAAUUCUGAGAUAAGUCGAGGUACUGGAGACCCACCGUGCGGUUGGUCAGUUCCCAAGAACGAAAAAUGUUUACAUUGAUACUUUUGAUGAUCAGAUACUGUAGAUUUGGUAGAUGUUGUAUUGCAUGAUGAACAUAUAACAAUUUCUGCAAUUUGUUGUAGGACAGGUCCAGAAAGGUCAGUCUCCUCAGAGGCUUAAAGGAGGACGACAGCACGCUCUUGAUGUUAUUGCUGGUGAUUCUCAGCUCAGUUAGGUUGCCCAAACCACCAAAAAUGUCUCCCAGUCGUGCCAGCCGGUUAUUAUUCAGAUUCAACCUCCGGAGUGAGCGCAGGUCAGCAAAGGCACCUUUUUCUAUUUGCGAAAUGGAGUUACGUUUAAAGUUUAACUCGAGCAGGGCCGUGUAAUUUCUGAAGUCGCCGACUUGUAUUUUGGAUAUUUUGUUCACGGACAAGUCAAACUCUGUGACAGAUUGCGGGAUGUCACGAGGAACAGCCAGGAGCCCAUUGGCCGAACAAAUGGCGCGGUCGGAACUUAUCCGACAGUUCCUCAGUGAAAAUCCAAUUUGAGUGCUGAUAGUCAGAGAGAAGACAAUGAAAAUAAACCUUGUGGACUUUCUGUUUGGUGUUCCGUCAUCUUCCAUCAUGACGUAUUCCAAUCUUCCAAACCCAAAGUGUAAGUUAGGCCUAGUCAACAAGUCAUUUAUAAGACAGAAAAAUGUAUGAACAAAAAACAUGGAGCCAGAAUAGCAAGUCAGCAGUCUUAAAAACUUACCUUUAACCAGAAGACAUCAAACAGUAGACCAACUCCAGCGUGAGACACGCUUGGAAAUAAAUUGUCUCUGUGAGAGGGAGAUUCCUGUCCUCUGUGGACACCGCGUGAGGAAGUGAGAGUGGGCGGGUCACUUCACUUAAAAAUGACAUGAUGUGAACAUACCUCUGAGAUGACAAGUCCCUUGAAACUGUACAAUGCAUUAUAUUUUAUUGAAGCAGUCAAGCAAUAACCGUCACUUCAAUGAACCUUACAUUGGCGCAUGAUGCACAUGGUUGCAUCAUUUCUAUUUCCUAAUCACUUUGCUUUUGGUGAAUAUGUUUUGUCUUUAUUGAGAUUAUUAUUAUAAUUGUGAAUUGAAUGUGAAUGGUAGGGAGCAGUUGAUGCUCGACGGGCAUCUUGUGGAAGUACCACUGACAAGGCUGCUCGAUUUGAAGGUAAAAAAAUUUACUCUGUUGCCUAACUUGUGAAAUUUUCUUCCAGGCAUUACGCAGCAUUAGUGAAAUGGAAAAGAGGAAGUUUGUCUCGUAGAACCCACAGUAAUUAGACAUUACUCAAAGGAAAUGUGUAACUAUGACUUGCAUGACAGAGUCAAUACAUUGCAAGUGAAAGUGGGUUCCUUCACAUUCCCACUUUGGUAUUUGGAUUUUUUUGUCAAACAAUUAUUUAGUUCUCCAAAAUAUAAACAUAAGUAGCAAUAGUUUAAUUAUAAUAAUAAUGUAUAGAAAUAUAAAUAAAUACAGGUAAAAAGGAACAGCAUACGUUCCAGGCCGCAAAUGUUACAUGUUUAUGUUUUUACUGAUUCCCCCAAGUUCACUUAUAUGCAAUGCUUGUGUAAUUCUCUGUUUCUCCACUAGAUGUCAUUGUUGUCUUUGGUAGUGAGUUAGUGGCACCGCCAUCGAGCGGCCUCUGACUGUCAGCGGCAGGUCAUUUGGUGCAAAAGCUGUAUUUGGGGAAGCAAGAAGUGUCCUUUUCACACUCUUCAAACUCUUCUUGGUUGAGGCAAAACAAAACCUAAGCCCCUCAAUGAGCCUCUCGAGCCUGCUGUCACCAUCAUCUUCACUACUCGUCUACAGUCAGCAGUAGCAUCUCCCCACCUGGACUUUCUUUGGCCUUCAGAGCCUGGCGGAGCUUCUGCCAGAACAGGUCAGUGCACUGGGCGGCCCGGGGCCAGCUCAGGAAGGACCGCUUCUUCAGCAGCUUCCUCAUGCAGUAGUAAGGAGACAGCUCACAGACGGGGAUGUCCUCCAGGAAGACCAGGAUCAGGACGUCCUUAUGCUCGUCGAACAGGCGGAAGCUGGGAGAAGCGGACAGGUGAAGAGUUAGAAGAGUGUUCAAGGUUUGUUUCUCCUCCAUUGUAACAGAUGCCAUGAAUCAGGUAACCAAUUUAAAAAAUUGCUCCAAUGAAAGCUACCUGAGGACAAAAGGGGUCUGUGAUUUCUUCAUGACAGUAGUGAUGUCAUAUUUUGUAAGGACAAAUCUAAAGUUAAAGUUUGUUAAAUCCCACUUUCAGUCCAGGAGUGUAACAGAUAGAUGGUAAAAAGUAGGAGGUAUGUAUCGGCCUUGAGAAGCAGGAAGCGAUUGGUAUCAGCUUCCCAAGUGCAGUGAGAGUGGGCGGGUUGGUCAUGUCAAUUAAAAAAAAACAAUAAAAAAGUGUGAUGGGAAUACAGCCUCACAGUUAAGCAAGCAUUUGUACGACAAUACUGUAUGAAUAGAAGUAUUUAGAGUAGUCGGUGUACAGCUUGUAUAGCAGUAUAUACUCACGAUUCACUGAAGAUGCAUCAUCACACAGCCAUUAUUGACUAACUGGGUGCCAGUGAACAGCAAGACAGUGGUGUUUGUAACAUGGCGGUGCAGGCCUCCCUGGUGAAGCUGCAUGAGCGGGAGCCCAAACAUCCUUCCGAUUUUCCGAUUUCAAUUCAUUUUAUUGAUACGGCUGUCAUAUAGGUAACACCGACAAGGCUGCACUAUUUCAGAGUAAAAAAUGUAUUCUGUUCCCUAAUGUGUAUUUUUCAGCAAUAAUGAAAUUAAAAAGAGGAAGAUUAUCAAUCGGGAAGUCGAACCCACAGCGACAAUAAAAGCAGGGAAGUGUGUAAACAGCCACAAGAUGUGAAAACAUACGGAGACACGCCAUGGCUGAGACGGGCACGCCGUGGCUGAGGUCGAGUGGGGAAAAAAAAGGUUCUCUUUUCGUGUGGAAGUGGGUGGAGGUGAAAGGGGGUGGUGGUGAAAGUUUGCCCCAUGGCGCUGGUGAUGGAGCCGGUCAGCAAGUGGACCGCAAGCCAGGUGGUGGACUGGAUGAAAGGUCUGGACGACUGCCUGCAGCAGUAUGUGUGCGUGUUUGAGCGCGGAGGUGUGUGUGGCGAGAGGCUGCUCAGGAUCAGCCACGCUGAACUGGAGGACCUGGGAGUGUCUCGCAUCGGACACCAGGAACUCAUACUGGAGGCCGUGGACCUGCUGUGCGCACUGAACUCCGGCUUGGAGACUGAGAGUGUUAGGACUCUAGCUCACAAGCUCGGCGCCUCAGCCAAAAACCUGCAAAACUUCAUCUCCGGACGCCGCCGCAGCAGCCAGUCUGAGAGCAGGACGUCACGGCGGCUCCCCAAUGACCUGCUGACCUCGGUGGUGGACCUCAUCACUGCUGCUAAGAGCUUGCUAGCUUGGCUGGAUAGGUCUCCUUUUGCUGCGGUGGCAGACUACUCGGUCACCCGAAAUAAUGUCAUCCAGCUCUGCCUGGAGCUCACCACCAUCGUGCAGCAGGACUGUACAGUGUUUGAGACGGAGAAUAAAAUCCUCCAUGUGUGCAAGACCCUGUCCGAGGUGUGCGAGCACAUUGUGUGCGUGUCGUCGGACCCGCUGGUGUCCCAAUCGGCCCACCUGGAGCUGGUCCACCUCACCAACGUCAAACCCGCCGAAGGCCUGGGAAUGUACAUCAAGUCCACCUAUGACGGCCUCCAUGUGAUCACUGGAACUACCGAGGGGUCUCCAGCCGACCGCUGUAAGAAGAUCCACGCGGGGGAUGAAGUCAUUCAAGUCAAUCAUCAGACUGUGGUGGGCUGGCAGCUGCGCAACCUGGUGGGCUCGCUGCGCGCCGACAAGGGCGUCGUGUCCCUGACCUUGAAGAAACGCCCACAGAGCACGCUCAGCUCGGCUCCGGCCCUGCUCAAGAACAUGCGCUGGAAGCCCCUGGCUCUGCAGCCAACCAGAAGCCCGGGCAGCAGCUCGGCCACACCCUCAGACACCCCCACAAAGAGCUCCGCCCUCCAGGACCUUUACAUCCCACCCCCGCCCAUGGAACCCUACGCCCCCAGAGACGAGACGGGCGCCUUGUCCGGUGAUGAAGCGUCCCGCGGCCACAGCAGCAUCAGCGGUGGCGCCAAGCGAUCUGAUUCUCCCAACUCCUUCUUGGAUCAAGAGUCCCGGCGGCGAGAAGAUGAGGAGCCAGUUUACUGCACCACUCCGACAUAUGGCAGGCUCAGGCCUAUCUCCAUGCCAGUGGAGUGCAGCUGGGGGGGCGACUACGAAGACCCCGCCAAGCUUAACCGUGAAAGCCGCAGAGAGGCGUCGCUGAUGCGCUACGUGGGCCUGCCUGGCGCCGACCAGCGACUGGGCUCGGAGGACUACGCGUCCCACACGGCCCGCCCUGGCAAGCGGUCCAAUGACACGGCCAGGCGUGCCAAAAGGCGGAGCCACCACAGCCAAAGCCCCUCCCACUAUGUCCUCCAGGCAAAUCAAAGAGAGUCGCCACCGAGAGACCCCGCCUCCAUUUAUCACACGUACCAGCAGGCCUCUUCGAUGCAGACAAAGACUCGGAAGAAGAAUAAAGGACGCAGUUUGGCCGCCCUGAGUCGCAGGCGCGUGUCCUGCAAGGCGCUGGGCCGAGGCGACUGCGAGGGCUGGCUGUGGCGGAAGAGAGACGCCAAGGGUUACUUUUCUCAUAAAUGGAAGAAGUACUGGUUUGUUCUGAAGGACAACUGCUUGUACUGGUACAUCAACGAGGAGGACGAGAAAGCAGAGGGCUUUGUCAGUCUUCCGGAGUUUAAAAUUGAUCGCGCCAGUGAAUGCCGCAAGAAGUAUGCUUUCAAAGCGUGCCACCCCAAGGUCAAGAGCUUCUUCUUUGCAGCAGAUGGAGUGGACGACAUGAACAGGUGGCUGAGUCGACUGAACAUGGCCGCUGUGGGCUACGCAGAGCGAGAGAGGAUACGCCAGGAGCAAGAUUACUGGAGCGAGAGCGAGCAUGAGGAUGACGCCACCUCCAGCCCCAAACAGGACAGCCCGCCACCUCCAUAUGAUACCUACCCACGGCCCCCAUCGAUGAGUGCUUACCUGGAAGGACGAACGACACGACUGUCUUCCACCGAGACAUCCCGUUCACGCUCUUCCCAGGAAGACUUUCUCUGCGGCGAGCCGUCUGGGGCGGUGGCGGCGGCUGAGCCGCAGUACCACCCCGGCCCUAUGGGGGGCGACACCACACACAGCGGCAGAAGGUCGGGUGCGGGCAGCAGCGACGUGCCGUACCGGUGUGACCCAGUGGAGUACCGUUCCAGUCCUGCAGGGGGCAGCAGUGACACCGGGUCCCCUGGCCGGUCGUCCUCAUCUCAGAGACGCUCCUGGCAGGACUUGAUCGAAACGCCGCUGACGGAAGCCGGACUGCACUACCUACAAACGGGACCACUGGAGGAUGCGGUCUUCAUGGAGCCCAGUCCGGCUGGCUCGACGUCCAUGAUGGCCGGGGCCGUUUACACGCUCCCCGCUCCGAGGAACGUACCGUUGCCCAUAGCGAUGCAGAGGCUCAUUCCUAUGGCAACCCAAGGAGGGAAACCCCGCAGCUUCACGCUGCCACGCGACAGCAACCUACACAUGCUGCUGGCGCCGCCCGCCAAAGCCGAGCAGCAAACGCACAGCAGUGGCAGUGAGGGGGCGUCCCUCGGCGAUCUGUUUCGUGCGUGCGAGCAAGGCGGCGUGUGUCCCCUCGGCCGGGAAUCAGAGGCCAGAGGUCAGUCGGAGUUCAGGCAGUCCUUCCUGCGGCGGACCGCCGACCCGCAGCUUAAUGAGCAUCUCAACCGCCUCCGCAUACUGAACUCCACGCUGAAGGACAGAGAGGGGGAGCUAGCGCUGAUUGACAGGCUCUUGGCCCACCCCCAGCUGUCGUCUGCAGAGUUCCAGGAGUGGAAGCGAGCUUAUCACGAGCUCUUCUCUCUGCCGCCAGGCGAGGACGACGAGUCCGAGUCCGAGCCGCCCUUGACGCCCUCGCUCUCCCACACGCACUCCUACAUUGAGACCCACGUCUGACACACACACACACACACACACACACGCAGAGGUAGUGAUGGAGGUCGUGAUGGACAGUGUACUGUAGAGUCGUCCCAGGGAUGAUUGACAGGACUUAAAUGUCAUCUUUUUACGCACAUGUUGAGGACAUUUUGAACAUCUCUUAUCACCUGUGGUAUGCUGCGUUCAUGUCGCGUGUUGCUGCCAUCGUGGAAUGAAGCAGUCAGGUUCUCGAAUAUUCCCUCAAAAGUUGUAAAGGAGGUUAUAUUUGUAUUUUUCCAAGAUGAAUGUCUCAGGGCUCUUGAAAAUAUUAUACAGUGGAUCCCCGCUGUUUGCUAGCAAGACUCCUGUCAGUCAUUUUGACGGCCGUGAAAUAAAGUCUAGGUGUUGCUGCUGCGGCUCCACUGUACGCAACACAGGCUUGCUCCUCCCCCUCAAAACCGUUCUGCUGGCUUGAUUUUGGAUCAACAUUUCUAAUCGGUGACUUUCCUCCAAACGUCCCAUAAAUCUCAAUCUCUCGGUUCCCAUCAUGCCUCGUGUUUGCGUUGAUUGCAUCGUGAGUGAGAUCGUGAUUUGAGUUGAUGACCCCUUUUGUGUUUGCUAAGCUACUAUCAGCAGAUAAAAGUGCACUUCCUUUUAAAGCAGGUUCAAGUUUCCUUCUGGCCACUCAAGCUGUCACAGUAUGUUAUUCUUCUACUUGUACCUAAUCACUUGGCACUUACCGAUGAUUAAGGUUAAAUAAGAUGGGCCGUUUCAGGGGAGAGAGAAGGCACAAAUGGGCUGCUUUUCUCCUCAAAGAAAAACAAUGUUUUGAUUAAAAAUCCCAAAUCUACGGGGAUCCACUGUAUUAUGAAUAAAAGAAAGCAUCCAGAACCUUUAGUGUGAGCGUACACAAGCACAAAGCCACACUAUCAACCAAUCCCACAACAAUUAAUCACACAAUGCUGAUGCUCUCUCCAUGCUGCCAUUGCUUGUCUUUGUUGUAAAUAAGCACAGUUGUAUUUAUUUAUUUAUUCUGAGUAUAUUUUGUGUUUUUAAAGCUCCAGAUGCAUUGUAGAAUGUCUUGGCUGACUAUUAGCUUGUUUUUUUUUAAGGAGUGUUUUAUGCGCAAGCUAUGAAUUCAAUUUAAAAGCAGUAUUUGUCUGUUGGACCAAGCGGAUGGAUCAAUAAAGUUUGGUUGUUUGGAGGUAGAUGGUUUUGUGUUCAUGGAUGAUUGCUGAAACCCCGCUUCCCAUUAAGUCAGAGCCACGCCCCCUUGCCGCCAUGCUUGGAUUUACUGUCUACAUGUAUGCAUGGCUGAUACGAAAUGUGAAAGUAAUGGCGACUACCAAAAUGAAUGUUUAUUUCCAGCUGCAGCAAUCCUGACCUUGUUAUGUUUUUCCCUCUGCAGCUUUGUCAGAUAAGCUAAAAAUCCACAACACAGCAGAUUCCACGCUGAAGUUUAAUCAAUAAUGGCUGCUAAAUGCAUGUUUUCUUCUACGCUUUGGAGGAAAUAUUCAGCCAGUGUAUCCUCUUUCACCCUCCUGACCUUUCUCCUCUGCUUGACAACCCGGCUUAUCCUGCUAAACUUUCUCACCUUGUCCUGAAACAUCUCUCGGC